AUGGAUUCUCCUCAACCGGUUGAAGGAUCGGGAGAGCCGAGAGCUUCGAAAAUUCAUUUUCGAAAUGAGCAAGCUCAAACUCCUGAUGCUCCGGAAGAAGCGCCACGAGUAAGUGCUGCACAUCAAGUCCCUCAAGCACCAACUUCGACCACCCAGCAGAUUGUUCGCCAAUGUCUGAAUGACUCUUCGGACUUGUCUCUCAGCUCCUCUAUGAACUUGUAUCUCGCAUACCCCUCGGCGGUGCCUCAGUCACCCACUCCGACCGCUCAGCAAGCUCCCCAUCAAGAUUCACAUGGUUCUUUGGAGGUGCCUCAAGCACCAACUCCGACCGCUCAGCAGAUCGUUCCCCAAUAUCUGAACAAUCAUUUUGAGCUGUCUCGUGUAUCCUCCUUGACCAGUGCGUCUUUGGGGCUGCCUCGUGCGUCCUCUCCGACCACUCAGCAGAUCGUUCCGCAAUGUCUGAAUGACUCUUCGGAAGUGCCUCAAGCACCAACUUCGACCGCUCAGCAGAGAGUUCGCCAAUGUCUGAAUGACUCUUCGGACAUGUCUCUUAGCUCCUCUAUGAACUUGUAUCUCGCAUACUCUCCGACGGUCCCUCAAGCACCCACUGCGACCGUUCAGCAGAUCGUUCCCCAGUGUCUGAAUAAUCAUCUUGAGCUGUCUCGUGUAUCUUCUUUUACCAAUUCGUCUUUGGGGCUGCCUUGGGCAUCUUUCGGGCUGCCUCGUGUAUCCUCUUUGACCACUCAGCAAGCGCCCUAUCAAUUUCCGCAUGGUUCUUCGACGGCGCCUCAAACACCAACUUCAACCGCUCAGCAGAUCGUUCGACAGUGCCUGGAUGACUCCUCGGAGGUGUCUCGCGCAUCCUCUCCUACCACUCAACAAGCGCCCUAUCAAUUUCCGCAUGGUUCUUCGACGGCGCCUCAAACACCAACUUCAACCGCUCAGCAUAUCGUUCGACAGUGCCUGGAUAGUGCUCCAGAAGUUGAUUUGAAUUGCACAGGUAGUGACCCGAGGUUGGUGGAACAAUCCCGUUCAACUAAUCCGGAGGUUGAUCCACAAGAAGAACCAAUGAAAACGAAUUCUGAACCAAUCACAGAUGAAAACAAAGAGUAUUUGAGAUUGAUCAAGGAGUUGCUAACAGAGAAAAUCUCAAAGAAAAGUUCAGGUGUUUCACAGACGAAAUACAAUCCUAAAGCACUUCAUCGUGCUUUGACUGGAAACGCCGGUAAAUUGUUUCUCCAAUCAAUGCGCGAUGUCAAGUUUGAAGACGAGAUAAAGAAUCUCAUUAAUAUCUUGAAUGGCAGCGUUAAGAACAAGAAAGUUAAAAAUUUUCUUUCUGAUAAAAAUCAAGAAUUGGCUGUAAAGUUGGUCAAAGAACUCAUUGCAAGACCAGGCCAGGUUCCAACAGACGCCGUGGCUAUGACUCUUGUUGAUGGAUUGAAGACCCCUGAAGGACGAAUAUUUCUCACAGAAUACGCAAAGGUCUUGCAAAGCUUUGCAAAGAGAGUUUGGGCCUACAUGCUCCAGCUGGCGAGUGAAUUUUUGUGCGCUUCGCGGUUCGAAAUAGAGGAACGUUCGCUCAAAGCCUGGGAUCAUGAUGAGAUCUUGGUUCAAAAACUCGUGAAAAUUUUUGCAACGGAACUCGGGUUUAAAGCAUUUAAUUACCUACUUCAUCACAAACGUAAUGGCAUCAUAAGUCCAUUCCUCAAAGCAUUCCUCAAGUCUCAGUGGCUGUCAAAGGAGGAAUUAUCUACAGGACUUUGCCUGAGUUCAAGAUUUACAGAUGCUAUUUUUGAAGCAUUAUGGACUUCUCCAGGUUUGCUCUUCGUUCUUGCCUGCACUCAUCGGAAAUCUUACCCAAAGCCUUGGGGAAAACGUGUCGAUGGAACCCGCAAUCCAGAAAUAGACAUUCAGGUCCAUGGUCUGAGUAUUCAAGAAGAUAAUUGCCUCGAAACUGAGUAUUGGACAUACAAUCCUCGUAUCGUCAUGCGAACAUCGCCUCUUUGUCCAAAUUGGCAGGAGCAAUUCUUUCGGGUAGCGUACAAUGACAUUGAAAUCGAAAGAUCCAGUCAUGUCAUUAUGAUAAAGAACAGACUCGCAUGUCUUUCGAUACGCCAUGAUUCUCAAGCUCGUGAGGUCCAAGCUGCACGUUUGUAUGAAGUCAUGUCAAUCAUCAAAUCUCAAUCGGAAAUUCUCAGAAUAAAAUAUACCGAAAUUCAACAGAUCAUCGAGAGAAAGGUCAGGGAGCUCGUCUCUUUGAAGAAUGGCGAAAUAAAAACCUUCAACCCCAAGGAAAUCUUCGAUUUUGUUAAUGAACAGGUAGAGGAUUACACAAAGUUAGUCAACCAAAACAUUGCCUGUCUAGAGAAAAAAUUCGAGCCAUUGGAUACUCUUGAAUCUCCGGAGGCGCGUCAAGAACUUACUGAAUUUAAUAAUAAGACAAAGUUGCAUUUUGAAAGGUUUUCAUUGGUACUAAGCUACAUCGCAAAUGUUCUCGAAGGUGGACGUCACUAUUUCCAACAGCCCAAAGGGCGGAAAGUCUUGAUCCAGUCCGCAAUUUUAGCUUUAAAGUUUGCCAUCUCUACCAAGGACCCUGCCAAGACUGCUCGAGAGAACACACUGGUUAUUGAGGAAAUUUUUAGAUAUACUGCGCAAAAAGUGGGACUUUUGGAUGUUCCAUGUGAACAUCUCAGAGCUGAAUUUCUCACGGUAUGGUCCGAUCAAUUACUCGGAGAACCCUCUCCACUUUCAGAACGUAUCAAUGAUGCUGAUAUUGCUUGGCUGGGAACAUUGGAAUUUCUGCCUGAUCAUGUGAAUAUUCCAUUUCUUACUUCAAUUGACAGGUUCCUCCCACGGAUGGCGUCAAUCGACAAGUAA